AACUAGCUAUCGUCCUAUUGUUGAUGACUGCUGGGACUCGCAGACCAAAGAAGAAAGAAAAAAUGACUCUGCUUUGGAAGCUUCUCAUUCUGUUUGCAUUCGCAACUUUGGCCACUGACGCAGUGGAUAGAAAUAUUUUUAAAACUUGCCAACAGAGCAGUUUCUGCAGACGAUGUCGCCAAGCCACAAACGCAGCCCCGCCCUUUGCCGUGCGACCCUGGAACAUAACGUUGGGCCACUCUUACGUCCGAGCCCAGCUGUACCACAAAAAGACGAACGUCAACUUCACGAUCGAACUAAGUGCAACGCCUGACCAUAGCUUUCGUCUGCGUAUAAACGAACGUAAUCCACUGAAACCAAGGCAUCAGGUUCGCGGUGUUCUGAAAGACGAAGACCGACUGGCCUUAGGUCAACUAAAGCUCGUUAAGCACACGGACAUCAAUUUCGUGGUAUCUAGUGGACCCAAUCGGGCUUAUCUUCAAGCUAGCCCAUUCAAAAUUGACUUCUAUGCUAGUAAUCGACACGUGCUGACGGUGAAUGCCAAGGGACUCAUGCGGUUUGAGCAUCUGAGGACCAAGAACUCAACGAACUCUGGCGACGGCGCGGAGUUGGAGCCAGGCGCCUGGGAAGAGGAAUUCCGAGGCCACAAAGACUCAAAGCCAUUGGGUCCAGAAGCUGUCGCCCUGGACUUUGGCUUCCCCGAGGCUCGAUACGCCUACGGAUUGCCCGAACACGCUGACAGUCUGGCUUUAAAGCAGACUCAAGCCCCUGCCGAACCCUACAGACUCUACAAUUUGGAUGUCUUCAGACACGAAGCUUAUGAGAGGAUGUCACUGUACGGAUCCAUUCCCCUACUUUAUGCUCACGGUGAAAAGUCCACAGCUGGAGUUUUUUGGCUCAACGCGGCAGAGACAUGGAUAGACAUUUCCGCGCUGAAUAAUAAUAACAGUUCGGGGGAUAACAGUCCACCUGGAGUUCAUGCCCAUUUGAUGUCUGAGUCUGGAAUCAUCGAUGUCUUCUGCCUUCUUGGUCCUACGCCCAUGGACGCUUUUCGACAGUACACGACUCUUACGGGAACUGGCAAUUUACCACCUAUAUUCGCUCUGGGCUACCACCAAUCUCGUUGGAACUACGACAACCAGUCUGACGUGUUGCAGGUGUCGCGGGGCUUUGACACGCACGACAUGCCACUGGACGUGAUGUGGUUGGACAUUGAAUACACCAAUGGUAAACGAUACUUCACCUGGGACCCGAAGAAUUUUUCCGAUCCCCAAACGAUGGUGGCAAAUCUAACAGCUCAAGGACGCAAGCUUGUGGUCAUCAUCGACCCUCAUAUCAAGCGGGAUGAUCAGUACUUUCUUCACUCGGAUGCUACCAAGCUUGGAUACUACGUGAAGAAGAGGGAUGGAAAGGAUUACGAGGGAGAGAGUUGGCCUGGUUCGUCGUCCUACUUGGAUUUGUUCAACCCUAAAGCGAGGGAAUAUUACUUGAGUUUAUACGAUUUCAGCAAGUUUAAAGGUACGACGAAAGACGUGCAUAUCUGGAACGAUAUGAACGAGCCGAGCUGUCAGAGCGGUCCAGAAGUAACAUUACCGAAGGACCUGGUUCAUUAUGGUGGCUGGGAACACCGGGACGUUCACAAUCUUUACGGACUAGCGCAGCACUCGGCCACCUACGAGGGUAUGCUCCGACGCACCAAGGGAAAGCUCAGACCGUUUAUACUGACCAGGUCGUUCUUUGCUGGGUCGCAGAGGUUCGCCGCAGUUUGGACUGGUGAUAACAUGGCCGAGUGGUCUCACUUGAAGAUCUCGUAUGCUGAGUGCCUUUCCUUGGCCAUAAGCGGGAUAUCGUUUUGUGGCUCCGAUGUAACUGGUUUUGCCACUGAACCCAGUACUGAACUUUACGUCAGAUGGUACCAAGCUGGUGUUUGGCUUCCAUUUUUCCGCCAGCACUCAGAACUUACAACCAAACGACGCGAACCCUGGCUUCUCGGCGAAGAGGUAACCACUCGUGUGAGAGACUCUCUGAGACUGCGCUACUCGUACUUGCCUCUCUGGUACACGCUGUUUCGGGAGCACGAGAUCGAUGGCACUCCAGUGAUAAGGCCUCUCUGGGCUCAUUACCCAACGGAGAUCGAAACCUUCGCUAUCGAUGACCACCUCUUACUCGGCGAUUCUAUUCUCGUAAGACCUGUCGUUGAACCAAACGUAAGCACUGUGUCGGUCUACUUUCCCGGAGAAGCCAUAGUCACGUGGUACGACAUACACACACAAAAAGCUUAUUCAAACGGUAGAGUCGACAUCCCGGUGACUCUGGACCGCAUUCCGGUGUACCAGAGGUCUGGAAGUGUAAUACCUAGGAAAAUGAAGCAGCGUCCGAGUACCGUCGGGAUGAAAGACGAUCCCUAUACUCUAGAUAUUGUGCUCGACGCCAACAAACGCGCUCGAGGCAGUCUCUACAUCGACGAUCAAGAGAGCUUUGAUUACCGAGAGGGGAAAUUUAAGCAUGUAGCGCUCGACUUCAAAGGUGGCUCACUCAGCUCAAAGCUCCUGUACGAAGGUGAUUUCCUAACUAAGAGUGCACUAGAGAAGAUCGUGAUCGUAAAUCCCCCCAAAGACGUUAGUUCGGCGAUUCUUUUUUCGGAGCCCAAUACGCUAAUGAAUUUGAGAACAGAAUACAGUUCAGAUAAGGACGUCUUGACUUUGGAAGGUCUGAACAUAAACAUAAACAAGGAAUGGUCAAUCGCUCUGCUUGACUAAUAGCUGAAUUAAGCUUUCAAUUUCCAAUCGCAAUGUAUUUCACUUCUUUAUACAUUGAAAAAUGUUGUAUAUAAAGUUUGUAUAUACAAUUCUUACAACGAGAAAAUAAAUAAUAUAUUUUACAAA